AUGAAAGAGCAUCUGCAUAAAGUAAAGAAUCAUGUGACAUUUGCACAUUAUCUUGGUAAAGGUAUUCAAAAUGAGCUAAUUCAACUCAUUGCAUCAGCUACUCAAAAGAAAACAAUAGAAGUUGUCCAGGCUGCAAAAUAUUUCUCCAUUAUUUUAGAUUGCACACCUAUUGUAAGCCAUGUAGAGCAGAUGACAAUGAUCAUUCACUUUGUUGACCUAGGUAAAAACAAUGAAGAAAUGGCAGGUAACAUACACACAGAAAAAUCUGAAAUGACUGUUAGGGAACACUUUUUGGGAUUUAUUCUGCUAAAGGAAGCUACUGGUGCUUUCAUUACUGACACCAUUCUGGAGAAACUUCAUGAAGUGUCUUUGUCAGUUGAAAAUUUGUGUGGCCAAGGAUUUGAUAAUGGAAGCAACAUGAAAGAUAAAGAUAAUGGAGUACAGAGAAGAUUACUGAAUAUUAAUCUGAGGGCAUAUUUUGUUCCCUGCAAUACUCGUAAUGAUCAAUGA